UUUCUUCUAUCCAAUUGAAUCAUUAAGAAUUUUUUAAUUUAAAUGGAAGACUCCUACUGACAGAACUUAAAGCUACAGAGCAGAAAUCACUGGAAAUCAGUGGAUAUGAUUCACAGAGGAAAGACUGCCCAACGAAGCCCUCAAGAGAGCUAUAAAGAAGCAGAAGAGCUUCUUAAUAAGCUUCAUAAAGUUAAGGCUCGAGCCACCUCAUUUUUGAAAAGAGAAAGAAGCUCUUCAGUCAUCCAGAAUUUGGGUAACGACAAAGUAUAUGCAGAUUUAAGGAAAUAAAUUGAGAGACAUAAAAGAGAGAAAAUUUGGGUUAAAAGGAAGACAAAUUCAUAACGCUUCCCAGAACAUUGGUACAACGGCAAAUGUGUAUUUUAAGCCAAAGAAUAUGAAAAUGAUUCCUUGAAAGAAUGCUGUGAGUAACUUGAUCAAAUCCAGAAAGGCAAAUUUCCUAAAAUAUCGUGACAAAAGUGAGACCUCGAUUGAAAGAAGUCUUUACAAGGGUGAAAUUGUAGAUAAGCUCCAGAAAUAUCUGGAGAAGAACAAAAGCUCUGAAAUUUUAAAUCAGCCUAAAAGAAGGAACCUGAGAAACCUUCAUCAUCGGACUUCUCAUCAUGUAGUAUUGAAAGAGAAUACUUCCAAGGAAAGGAAGGUAAGGAUAAAGACCCCUGUAAAGGAUGACAUUAUCAAGAUUGAAGAGAAAAUGAAGCACAAGAUCAAAGAGGAUCCUAUUCUCAAGGACCUCUCAAUUAAAUUUAUGAAACAAAAAUAAAAGUUUAAUGAAUGCUUUGAAAACUUAUCAAAAAAAGAGAGUAACCAGAGAUAACACUCCUCUCCAGUUCUUGCUUAAUCGUAAGAAGAAAGAGGAUAUUAGAAGAGUCAUGGAGCAUGUCAGAGGAAGUCGCUCAAUGAGAGAAAGUAAAGUUCAUAGUCCAAGAGAAUAAG